CCGAUCGAGAACAUCCUGGUCAACAUGGUGAAACCCUGUCUCUACUAAAAAUACAAAAAAUUAGCUGGGCAUGGUGGUGUGUGCCUGUAAUCCCAGCUACUCAGGAGGCUGAGGCAGGAGAAUUGCCUGAACCCAGGAGGCAGAGGUUGCGGUGAGCCAAGAUUGCGCCAUUGCACUCCAGCCUGGGUAACAAGAGCGAAACUCCAUCUCAAAAAAAAAAAAAAAAAAAAAUUUGUUAAGGAUUUUCACCUUUAGGCUCAUGCAGAAUAUUGGUUUGUAAUUGUUAUGUAAUUUAUUUGCCAGAUUUGGUAAAAUAAUAAGUUGCCAAGUAUUCCCUGUUCCUCUAUUUUUUGAAGAAUUUUAUAAGACUAGUGUCAUUUUUUUAUUUGACCAUUUUGAUUCAAAUCACCUGUGAUACCAUUUGGAGCUAAAACUUUUUCUGUGGAAAGGUUAAGAUAAUGAAUUGAAUUACUCUAAUAAAUACAGUGCUAUUUAUGUUUUCUGUUAUAUCUGUGUCAGUUUUAGUAAGUUGUAUUUUUCAAUGAAUUUGUCCAUUUUAUCUAAGUUACUAACCUACUUAUUUUUAUAUAUCUAGCCUAGAUAUUUUCUCUUCUGUGAAAUCUUGCCUGACACUUUCAACAAAAGUGAUUUCUUAUCCUUUGAGUCACUUCCUUAGUUGGAUCAUUGGUUCUCUCCAUCUUCUGUUGAAGUUUGUUUACAAGUCUCUUCCUGUGCUAAAUUAAGGGCCCAGGUCAGGCUUAAUGGCUCACGCCUAUAAUCCUAGCACUUUGGGAGCCCAUGGCAGGUGGAUCACCUGAGGUCAGGAGUUCAAGACCAGCCUGGCCUACAGGGUGAAACAUGUCUCUACUAACAAUGCAAAAAUCAGGUGUGGUGGCGGGUGCCUGUAAUUCCAGCUACUCAGGAGGCUGAGGCAGGAGAACUGCUUAAAUCUGGGAGGUGGAGGUUCCAGUGAGCCGAGAUCACAUCACUGCACUCCAGCCUGGGCAACAGAGCAAAAGUCUGUCUCAAAAAAAAAAAUAUUAAGGGCUCUGGAGUUCAAUAAUUGCACCUAUACAUCUUUGAGUCUUUGCCACCUCUUAUGGUGCCUGGCACAUAAUUAGAUUACCCCUUUUCCCAAAUGUAUAAAUAACCAAGUUAUUCCACUUAAUAUUGUUUAAUGUAUAGUGACAAAGCUUGUUUCUAGCUUUCUCAGUAGAUUAUGUCUUUUACAAAAAUGGCAUGUAGUGUUUAUUGUUCAUAUUCCUUCUAUAUCUCACAUUUAUAAUAAAUUUAAAAAACUGUUAGAUUGAAUAGAUUUGCCAGACAGUACAGAAAAUUAGUAUUUUACAAACUCAAAGAGGAGAGGCCAAGUAGAAAUCUGAAAAGCAUUCACCAAUAAAGGGAGGAAAAUAACAUUGCAAAGUGCUUACUAUGUGCCAGACCUUGUGAUAAAUUAUUUAUAUUCCUUCCCUCAUUAAUCCCCAAAGUAAUUUGGCAAAGAAGAUAUUAUGGUCCCCAUUUUAUAAAUAAAGAAUCUGAUGUUCAGUAAGAUUAAGUACUCUGCCCAAGUUCACAGUUAUUAAACAACAGAUUCUGGUUUGAAAUCUAUAUUGAAUUAUCCCAUUAUCCACAUUCUUGAUUUCAGUUUUACUUUCAUCCAUUCAGUUUUCCACAAGACAUUUGAUGGAUUUUCCUAUAUUACCUUUAAAUUUUGCUAGAGUAGAACACUCUGUGUUCCCUCUAAUUGAAUGUUCCUCAUAAAUUUAGGAAAGUUUCAAAGUUUUCUCUGGAUACUUGUUCUGCCUCUAGCAAGAAAUAUACAGAAGUAGCAGAGAAGAUCCAAACCAGACUUCACUGUCAGAACGGGCUGCAUAACUCCCUCUUGUAUUCCCACUGACAUCACUACUAAAAAUACAAAAAAUUAGCUGGGCAUGGUGGCACGUGCCUGUAAUCCCAGCUACUCGGGAGGCUGAGGCAGGAGAAUUGCCUGAACCCAGGAGACGGAGAUUGCGGUGAGCCAAGAUUGCACCAUUGCACUCCAGCCUGGGUAACAAGAGCAAAACUCCGUCUCAAAAAAAAAAAAAAAAAAAUGGUAUUGGCUUUAAAAAUCCAGUACCAUUAUGGUUAUGGUUAAUGGGGAGCAUCAUGUUCCUGAGUUCCUACUCAAAUAAUAUAAGGGAAAUCAAGAGACCAAGGCUGUGAUAACUCAAGCAAUCUCCAUGGCUUGGUGGUAAAGAAGAGAAUCCCUCCUUACAGUUGAUCUUACCUUUGUGUAUGUCACAUAUUGGUCCUAAUUAGAAAGGUCUAUAGGCUAAUCUGUGCAAGACACAUUCCUUCUCAUUACACCAUGAUACAGGCCAUGGGAAAUACCAGAUUCAAUCUUACAGACUCUCUGCUGCUACUAACUAAGAAGCUUCUACUUUUAGUGUCUUUUCUCUCUGAACACAAAAAUACUCUGUACGUCACCCAGAUUUGGGUUGCCGAUAAUUACCAGGCUUUUCCCAGUUAGAAAUGUGACUCAUGUUCCAUUUUACCAAUCAUCUUAGGCAAAGAACUAGCAAGGAAAGACAAGAUCAAUGUUUUUCUGUAAUUCCAGCCUAUCAGUUGAAACAAGAUGUUUCUGAACUCUUCCCAAUGUGAAGAACAGAAAGUAAUAGCAUUUUGUUUAUUUAUUUAUGUACAAUACUGUGGUCAAGAACUUGCUGCUUCCCCAGGGAAAUUGUUUGCAAUGCAUCACUGAGAAGAGGACUUCACAAUUCACACUGAUCACUCCCUGUGGUCUGCCAUGGUGAGGGUGAUACUUUCAUGUUGUAUAAGCACCAGACAAGAGAGCUGGAUCAAUUCUCUCUCUCGAUAUUCUAGUUUCUGUUGGAACAACUCCCUUAGGCAUCAGCAGCUCUGGGUUCUUUCUAAAAAAUAAAGUAAGUGCUCUUAGGUCUGUUCACAGUAAGAGACAAGAAGUCCAAAACGCAUCCCUGCCUUUUACGCUUCAGAAAUCAACAUGGGGAUCUUCCUCACUUUUAGGCAACGGAUACAGCUUUGUUGUGGUCUGUGUGUCAGAUUUCUUGAGAGGAGGACAUUGUUGAGACUUAUUAAUUAGCAAUGCUUAUGCAUGCAAACCUUGGUCAGAUGAUGUUGUAUUUGGAGAGAAGAGAGAAGAGAACAGAACUGAAUAAGUACAUGACCCCUUGGAAGCUGUUUUCGGUUGAGGAUUUUGGUGAGUAGCCACUUGAAAUCAAGGGAAAUUUGAUGAAUAGCAGGAGUUGGGAAGAAAGGAAGAGGAGGAAGGAUACCACCACUUUUUUCUUCCAGUCUAAUACUGUGCUUAGGCAAAGCAUAUUCCAUAUGAGAUCUACCUUAUAAAAACUUGCCAAAUAAAGGGAAUAGAAGUUAAAUUUUGGACUUUCUUACAUGGUAGCUUCAAAUUGUGGUGACUUUGUUGCAUUUCAUCUGGAUGCUAUAGAGGGCCAGAAAAUACAUUUCUAUGAGAUCCUAGAAUCUGAGCGUGUGCUUUACACAGGAUGGACAGAACGAACCUCUGGCAGUUCCAUUUAUCCAGAGGCAAAAGCAUGCCUGCCACCGGACCUCUUGGAUUCUAACAAAGAACCUAUGUUGCCUGAAGAAUCAGUGCUUUCCUCAAGGUACAGCCUUGGCUCCUCUGCCAUGAAGGGGAAGGUUCCUGGACAUGUGCUUCAGAGACCUUCCUAUUUAACCAGGAUACAAAUUGCAUUGUUAUGCAAUUCCUCUGCUGAGGCCCUGUAACAGGAGUGGGUUAGGACAGAUACAGCAAGAUAUUAGGAAAGAUUUCCCCCAUUAUUCAGGCUGUACAACACGGAAGAAAGAACUUGAUUUCAACAAGAAGACCCAAUUCUUAACAUGCUUUUCUACCUACUUUUACCCAUAACGUUUCCAAAUUUGGUUCAGAUUGUGCAGAGAAACAAUAAAAUUUUUAAAAAAGGAUAAACUGGCUAGUUAAAAGUAAAUGGCACUUAAUUAAAACUAAGCUUGCAAAUUCAGGGGAAAAAAAGCCAUGUGAUUUUAAACCUUAGGGCAGCAUAGAGUGCCACUGUCCUUUGCAGUUUUGAGUGUAUUUCAUUUGUACCUUGGAAGUAGGUAUUUGUCAUAUUGUUAAUAAUUACUCUCCUUAAUUGUACACUCAGCAUUUGGCAUCAGAAUAAUCUUGUUUAGUCACAAGGUUUUCAUUUGCUUCUUCAUUUUUUAAGCAUGCUUCUGAGUGGUGGUUCACAUAAGCUUUCAAUUUUAAAUAACACAAUCCAUUUAUUUCACUAGGCAUCUCUAUUUGCUUAAAGUGAAGAAUCAAAGAUUGUGAUUGUGUUGUAAAUAAGUCUAUCCUUUCUUUCCCUUUAUUAAAAAAAAACCUGUGGAUGCUAAAAAAGAGAACUGAAAGAAAUAGAAAUCCCAGUAAUCUUUUAUGAACUCAGUUAUUAGAGUAAGUAGAACUAAAUCUGUGGGGGGGAAGCAAAGGGAAAUGGAAAAGGUGUUUUAGAGCUUUUACUUUUAAGCCACUCCGGAGUCCCAUUCUCUGCUUUCUUUUCACUACCCAGACCCAUACCUACCCACAGUGAGAACUGAGCCUUCAGGGCGGCUCAGGAGCUGAGAGGAGGGAAAGUGAGGAUCUGAGUUAUUUUCCUCAGUGAGCUUAAAAGCUUCAGGCAGAAAAGAUACUGCCCGUAGAACCUCCCUUUUGCAUUUCUCAAUUGCAUUGGAGAAACUCCUAAAUUACAUCAGUGACCCUGAAGCCUUUAAAGUAAAGAACUUUCUGUCUUAAAAAAAAAAAAAGAAAGAAAGAAAGGAAAGAAAAAGAGAAAGAUAAGGCAAAAAACUUAAUUAUGCCUGGAAUCUUUUGGGGCAGAAAAAACUGACAAGAAACAAACUUUCCUUAUAUUCUGGUGUGCUGGAAACAGUGGAGGGACUGUUUGCCAAAAUGUCUCAGCGGUUCUCAAAGAUGGCUGGCCAAAUCCUAAGAAAAUACGCGUAGGUUCAUGUAGUUCUGAGUCCAGCAUUGUGUGUAAAGCACAGGUUUCAGUGUAAAGACAUCUGCUGUCUGGAAACCAGGUGACGCAUGUCAUCCUCUCCACAUGAAGAUUCUGUUCUUUGAAGAAAAUUUUGUUUUUAAAGUAAGACAAAUAUAAUUAAUAUGGUCCUAAAGAAGCAAAGCUCUUCCUUUUUAUUUUCAUUUCCUUUUGCUUUUGCAUUGAAGAGUUAAGACAACAUUUCAGCAGAGAAAUGUGGAGAAGGGUAAAGGGAAAUCAAUAAAGUUAUUCUGUGACUUUCCCCAGGAGGAAGCAGUGUUAAUCGAGAAUGGCUUGCUUGGCUAUAUAUCAAGUCCGAGGAGAGAGCAGCAGUUGAUUUUGAAACAGAUUUCCCAGCUAGACUGGAAGAGAUAUAAAUACAUACUUAUCUAUCAUAUACAUAUAGGCGUACAUAUACACAUAUACACAUUGUACAUACAUAUACCUACAUGUAUAACUUUUACAAGAAUAGAGUCUACGUGUGGUAUAUACACUAUUAUAAACAUUUAAAUAUAAAUUAUGUAUAUUAAAUAUAUGUGUGCAUCUGUGUGUGAUUUUAAAAUUAGAUAAGAAUGAUUUCUUCAGAUAAUUGGUAACGCCACACAAAACUCUUCUUCUUCUUUUUUUUUUUUAACUCUUCUAAUAAUAUUUCAUAUAUAUUCAUCUGGGAUCAUUUUACAUUUUGUAAGUUUCUCUUAAAAAUUUUUUGAUUGCUAGAGAAGGAAAUUAAUAUGCAACAGCCUAAAGUGACAGACAAUGGAAUGGAAACCAGAUUUCUUGACCGAAGGCCAGUGAAAGCAUGUUGACCACAGGAAGUCUUCUAAGGAGUCUCUCUGGGUCAUUCCUGCAGUUACUUUCUCUAACAACAAACAUUACAGAAAUUUUGAGCAGCUCUGAUUGCAGCAGAGAUCAUGAGAGUAAGGUUGGCCCUGGGGUUGCCCAGUUUUAUUGGGGUGUGGCACCACGCUCAGUGGAAGCAGUGGUGAUUUCUUUGUUGACAAAUUCAGACAACAUAAUUGGGUGGGAAGUUGGCUUCAUCAUUACAGUAUGAUCUUGAAUCAGUUAUCUGUCUUUUCUGGGCUUCAGUUUUUCUUUCUAUAAAAUGGGAUCAAUUAUUCUUGUCCCUUCACAACACUAUACUUUCUUGUGUCCCAAAAACCUUGUCCAAUCUUCUUUGUUCCAUUAAAGCAUCAGGAGAUGUGUAGAGAGCUUAUUGGGAAUCCCCUUUUCGUGACCCAAUCUGCUAUGAUUAAUUUCACCAUGCUGUGACUCUUCAUAUUUCUCUUUUCUCAUUGUGUAUAUUCAGACUCUAUUUUUUUUCAACAUCAGCUGAGACGCUCUAUUUAUUUUCUAAAUCCAAAUUCCAUCUAAAUCAUAGUUGUUAAGAACAUAUUCUUGUAAGAGAAUGGAAUCUAGACAGAGAGAGAGGAACUAUGCAAUUCUAGAAUUUCCCUGGAGGGAACUUGAGAGUUCAUCUAGUGUAAUCCUCUCAUUUUAAGUUGAGGGAGCUUAGGAUCUGAGAGAUGAAAUGUCUUGUCCAAGGUCACUGUGACAAAGUUAAGUGGAGAACCCAUGUCUCUUAACUUCCAGUUCUAUAUUCCUUCCAAUGGGUCAUGCGUCUUGGGACCACUAUAACCAGAAAUAGAAAAUGAAGUUGAAGUAAGCAGACCAGACAAGGAUAUGUCAGCCUUUGGUUUUACCCAGGGCCAGAUUCCAACUCUGUGUGCAUAACUCAGCAGCAGGACUUUAGCAUCUUCAUGAAGGAUGGACGAUUCAUGACGAAGACUCUUCUUUGCCGCUUCCUGGCCCAUAAGACCCAAAAUCUGGAUCUAAUUGAGCUCUCACUUUUCCUUGUUUAUUUUGGACAUGAUUGUGCUAGCACUUCAUCUUAUAGCUCUUGAAUUUUAUCUUCACAUCAACUUAACUCAUUUAUAUUCCACAUUUGCUGAGAGCCUACUGUGUGCCAGUCAUUGAUAAUGGUCUAGAGAUAUAGGGAGAUAUAUCUCUUCGUGUCUUAAUUAUGGUCAUAGUGCAACAUGUCCCAUGUGUGAUAUGCUUACAGUGCUGAGGGGAUGCUGCAGAAGGGGAGACUGAGAUCACCAAAAGGAGACAAAGAAGACUGAGCCGAUCGUGUGAUAAUUCUUCUGCUUUUAUUCCUCUGUCCUCUUUCUUAUCAGGAUAGAGUUCAUUUUAUGCAUUGGUAUUUUCUAGGGUAAUCUCUCCCUGUUUUUAGCAGAAGAGAAAUAACGUGUAGGAGUCUUCCCUCAUUUCCAUGCCCACCUCCAGUCUUUAGCUACCUCACCAGUUCUUCAUGAAUUUCCUGAAGGCUAAUUUACCAGUACUUCAAAUAAUUCUUACUGCACUCUGGAAAGCAAGGCAUCAGGGCUCAGAGAUACAUGCAUAUGUGUAGAUUAAUUGGGGUGAGCAUGCUGGUCAUCAGUUAUUUCCUCCCCUCCUUUGGUUCUCCAAUCUGUUUUAUCUGUUUACUCUGUUUUAAAAAAUGCAUUAAGAGACAGACAUGAUGGUGCUUGGAGACUGAGGAGGGAGGAUCACUUGAGCCCAGAAGUUCAAGGCUGCAGGAGCUGUGAUCACAUCACUGCACUCAAAUCUGGGCAGAGUGAGACCUCAUUUCUAAAAGGAAUAAAAAUUACAUAAAAAAGACAUUGACAGGUAAGACUCCUAACUAUUUAUUAGAAGCACCCAAAUCACUGUUCACAUUCUAAACAGAAUCUAAACACCAGCCACAUUUUUGUUUUAUUUUCAAAGUAUGUUUCCUCCUUUCUUACCUUUGAAUGUUUCUUAUUUUUCCAUAAAUAAGAUGUGGAUUUGGGUUAACUUAACUAUGACAGGAAAGGAAAAUCUUCAAUUAAAGAUCCCUUGUCUAUAUUUAAUCUGUUGAUUGGCUUGUGCGCCAUAAUGCUACAACCUAAAUUAUAUUAAAUUUCCAGAAGAGUACAGAAUAAACAAUAAUUUGUAAAGCAACUAUUACAUGGCAGACAUAGUGGUAAGCAUGAAUAGAAUGAGUAGAAUCAAAAUGAACACAGGUCCUCAUUCAGUACAUGUAAGUAUCAUGCAGAGUUAAGCAUAUAGACCAAUGAGCCCAUAAAUUAGACAGUCCAGAACUUGUUUAGGUAGUCAUAAUAUCACAGUUGAAAGAAGGCUUGGCUGGGUGCAGUGGCUCACACUUGUAAUCCCAGCACUUUAGGUGGCCAAGACCAUAGGACAGUUUGAGGCCAGCCUGGGCAAAGUAGUGAGACCCCACCUCUACAAAAAGUAAAAACAUUUGCUGAGCAUGGUGGCACAUGCCUAUAGUUACAGCUACUUGGCUGGCUGAGGCAGGAGUAUCGUGUGAGCCAGGGAGUUUGAGGCUGCAGUGAGCCAUGAUCAUGCCACUGCAUUCUAACCUGGGUAACAGAACAAGAUUCUGAUUUAAAAUAAAAAUUAAGACAAAAUAAAUUAAGGCAAAAUGAAAAAUAUUUACCUACCUCCCCCAGAUUUUGGAGUGCAGGCUGGUUGCAAGCAAACUGUAGUGGCUUUGCUCAGUGCUGGCCUGGAUUGGAACGUGCAGUGGACGUUCUUAAAGGGGAAAGCAGCAGACCCCAGAAAGCAAGCCUGGUCCCUUUGACACGGUUCCUGUGGUCUUCAUGUCACUGCUAUUUGUGGCAUGGAGAGACUCCUAGAGAAGUGUACAAUGUGCUGAAUUUAAAGUCUCUGAGGUAGCAGUUUCCACCUUUAAAAUAUUUCUUGGCUUCUCUCCAGGGUGUCCCCUACUCAUCUCUCUCCGUUUUAAUAGCAGCAGGGAUUCUGAUACUGCCGCUGCACCUUGGACCCAAAAAUAUGUCUCAAUGUAUGUUUCUGUAUUCCUUUAAUUUUAUUUCUGCACAGUCAGCACUUUCGACACACUGAUCUAUUUUACAAUGCUCAAGUCAACUUAAUCGCAUCUUGUUGAAACUCUUCCUUACUGUGCUGUCAUCAGUUAAUAAUGGGGGAACCAAGAUGCACAGGGUAUGAUUAUUAUUAAUGACACCUCCGGUUUACACAAACCCACUCUUUGAAUGAAUUCGAGGCGGUUCAUACAUAUUAGCUGAUUUUUCCUCACAACAUCUAGAUUGAAUGAAAGACCUAGAUUCUAUUCUGGGUGCUAUAUCAACCUUCUUAGGAAAAGGGUUUAGUCAUUCAUUGCUUCAGUUCCCAACCAUGAAACAGGAAUCAUGAUAUGAAAAUAUUUGCUUCUCCCCCUCCUUAUCCUAAACCUUUAGAAUCUUGGUAGCUAAAAAUAAAUGUAAAAAUCUGAAGUCUGAAAGUGAAGAAGUGUGUCUUGACUUUUUGAAUAUUAAUAAAAACUGUUUAUUAAUCUAUUAAUAAAUAAAUUAUUAUUUGUUUACAAAGAAAUCACCAUUGCUUCCAAUGAGCAUGGUGCCACAGCUGGAUAAAACUGGGCAACCCCAGGGCCAACUUCACUCUCACGAUCUCUGCUGCAAUCAGACCUGCUCAAAUUAUAAGAGGUGAUAUUGGGAGUUUGACUGGAAACCCUGAAAUUUGAAUUUUUAGUUUUGGUGCAAAACUAACUGCGGUUUUUGCCAUUAAAGUUUAUGGUAGAAACUACAAUAAGUUUUGCACCAACCUAAUACAAUCUAAUUCUACUUAGUGGUGAGUCAUUGCCCUAUCUACUUCUUUGCCUAUGUUUUGGAAAAUGCUUAGAGAUCCGGAGGUGGUGAGUACUACAAAGGGGACCCUCUCUUCUAAAGAGCAUUAAUGUGGUCAGCAAAGAUAUCCCUAGGAACCAAGGCAUCAAUAAGACUCAAUGUGAGAUGAGAACAGUCUCAAAGCCAGUCCUAUUGAUGCCACGGUUUCUAGGAAUCAAUAAGACGUCUCUUUACUCUUCCUCCAUCUCUUUUCUUUCCUUCACAACCUCCGGGCUAGCUGUAGUAGUUUCAAAACAAUACAAACAAUUCCAGACCAAAUGCCUGAUCUGCAUCCUUGCUUGAAUAUCAUCUCUAGGCACUUGGCCUUACAAUUGUAAUCUUCAAAAGUCCCAGGAGCGAAAAAUAUGUCUUUUGGUUUGCCAGCCUAAACCUAAUGACUGAAUGGCAGGAAACCUAGACUGAAAUAGCACUUGGCUCUUGGAUGACAUCCUCCAGCCAAGAAUAAUGACUUUUAUAAUGUCAGGCUCAAUCCUCUUAGUGCACAGGUAAUAGGGAGGGGAAUGGUCUCUCUUUCCCUCUGUCUCCUUUUCUCUCUCUGUUUACCCUUUGUUAGACAGAAUAUUUUCUCUCUCACCUUCCUAAAACCCAAAGGCUGCUAAAAUGUACUUCCUACAAAUUGGUAGAGUUGGGCCCCAAUGCAGUCAAUUGGCCAUAGAUCACCUUCCAGAGAGCUUCACAAACCACCUGGGCCCAUCAGAUAAGCACCAGCUCUUCUAUGGAGUGAGGAUGGAAGCCAGGAAAAGUCCUCUGAAACUCAACCAAUGAGGUACAAGGAGGCAACAGAAUUAUUUUAUAUAUUCAUAUCAAUAAAUAUUACUAAAUAUAUACUGAAGGAUUAGCUCAGCACUGACUUCCUCUAAUGUCCUAAGAUGCUAAUGUAAGCAUUUUUUUUAACUAGGCAAAAAUCCAAGUAUUUAGCCUGACACUACUUAGCCUGACACUUGGAAAUGACAUGGGUUUUGGGUAUAAAAUCUGCCAGAUGAUUCCCUUUGAGACCACUUGAGCUAGAGUGCCUGUACCAAACACUGCCCCCUACUGGUCCAGAGUCUCAUUGCAUUAAGAAAAGGGCUUUGCUGACCAAACAGGACUAAGUAAACUUCUUCCUCUUCCUAUGAUGACUAGUGAGAAAUAUUUUUGCCAGUUAGUGAAAGACUCUUGCUGAGGGAAUUUAGAUCAUCUUUAUCUUAAGUACAUUUAGAGUAGAAUGACUGUGGUUGGUUACCCAUCCAGCUUUGCCUUGAGAAAUGCCAGCAACGCCCCAAAGGAUACAGUUUUAGAAACUGUGUUCUAGGUUAACGUAAUAAAUAUUAUCCCAGUCUGGUACAGAUAGUAACAUAUUUGUAACCAAACUCAGUCAAUGCUGGUGGGAAACAGAAUGGAGUCGCUUAUAUUCCCCUGCCUAACUCUAUUCAGAGACAAGAACUGCUCAGAUAAAAAAUAGGUUAGAAGCUAGCCUGCCAAGGAUAGCCAUUAUACAUACUUAAAUAUUCUUUCAUUAGGCACAAUAAAGAAUUUUGCCUGAUAUUUCUUCAGAGUAUACAUUAUGAACCCGUAGAGUCAUUUAGGUCAUAUGGUCAUGAACCAUUUCUAUCUUCUCAACCUCUUUUCUGAAAUGAGGGCACCUGUGCUGGGUUGCUUAUCUCAGAUCUGGAUGUAGCCACACACUCUAAAGUGUAAGAGCUCUCCUUCCUCACAUGUAGCCCAAAAUAGUCCCUCACAGCCACGUCACCCACUUUAUCACUUGACGUGACCUACUACUCUACAGAUUGGAGAGAUUUCAGACAGAGCUUGAAUGGCUUCAAACAGAAAUAGCAUGACUUCAGAACCUUCAGGAUGAAUUAAACAGAGCAAUUUUCUAGUUUUCAGAAACACAAACUGACUAUAAGUGGGCCCUCAGCCAGAGUACAGUCUUAGAAAAUAAGGUGGCAAUCCAUCAUUUAUUAAAUGCCAUGUUUAUGUGGCAUUUUAUUACGCAUUUUAAGUGUUAUUUAGGCAUGAAUAUUGCUCUCUCAAAUGUUGCAAUCAAAGCCAUCUUAGUGUAAAAAUUUAUUCUGAAACGAUUUGGUGAGCUCCCGCUGUGUAACAGGUGCUAUGCCAUGUACUGGGAAAACAGAGAGACCCUGUCACAGCCUCUGUCUUUGUAACCUUAGAGUUGGGAGAUGGAGGCCGGGUGCAGUGGCUCCAAUUUGUAAUCUCAGCACUUUGGGAGUCCAAGGUGGGUGGAUCACCAGAGAUCGGAGUUCGAGACCAGCCUGACCAACAUGGAGAAACCCCAUCUCUACUAAAGGAUACAAAAAUUAGCCAGAAACCCCAUCUCUAUUAAAAAAUACAAAAAUGUAGCACCUGUAAUCCCAGCUACUUGGGAGGCUGAGGCAGGAGACUCUCUUGAACCGUGGAGGCAAAGGUUGCAGUGAGCCGAGAUCACAUCAUUGCAUUCCAGCCUGGGCAAUGAGAGUGAAACCCUGUCUCAAAAAAAAGAAAGAGUUGGGAGAUGGAGUAGCAUAGUAUAUAGAUGAUGCCAGUACUACAGCAUCACUUCCUGUCCUCUGGCUAAAGAAAUUUCACUGUCCAGCACAGUACCUGACAUAUAGUUAAGUAGUCAGUACUUGUGUAAUAGGUAAAAAUCAGCAAAAUGAAAACCAUGAAUGAAUGUUAAGAUAAUAUAAGCAUAGGGUGCUAUGGAAAAUGCAUGGGAGAAGAAACUAAACCAGUUUGAGGGGACUAACUGCAGAAAGUGUCACUUACACUGAGACAGGAUUCAAAGGGUAUAUUGAUACAAAGGAAAGACGGUGAAUUAGACCUGGGUUCAAAUCCUAGCAGCGCUACCCAUGAGCUGGGCAAUUCUAACUAUUUCGAACCUUAUUUUCUGCAUCUGUAAAACACUAAUGAUACCGUUUACAGGCUGUUUUGAGGACUAAAUGAUAUAUUAGUUACCUGUGUCUGCCACAGAGAAGGCCGUCCAUGAUAUGUAUUAGAGGUGUCACAGAGAACAGACUGCAACAUGAAAGCAAUACAUAUCUAAGUAAUAAGGUUAAGGGCAAAUAUUUUAAAGGACAAAUAGCAAUAAUAACCUUAAAAUCAUGAUGGAAAUAAAAGAGAGAUGCUACAACAGUUCUUAACCCCUAAGCCCAGACAAGAGUGGAGGGAGGCAAAUGAUUGAUAGGAGUUUGCCAUCCUCUUCCAAUCCAUUCCAGAAGGCUUUUGUAUUUAGCUUUCAGCUGCAGAACUGUGUGGCCCUGCCUGUCCCAUUCAUGGUAUGGUAAAUACUUUUCAGAUAAUCAGAUAAUCUUAGGGUAUCGUGAUUUAAUUGUUCAUCAUGGAUGCUUGAUACAAUAUAUGUGUGUGUGCAUGCAUGCGUGUGUGUGUGUGUGUUGAUGUAUGGCAUUUUCUCUGUAGGUUUUUGCCACAAUUAGCUUUCAUUGCUUUUACUCUAAAUAUUUUCAAGUAUACCAGAUUCCUUUCUUCUUCUUCCUUCCACCUGCAUGCAUCAGGCCCUUUCUUGCUACAUUCACACAGUUAGGUCAUUGAACACACAUAUACACACCUGCUCUCUGCUGGCUUCAACUCUUUUUAGGUGAGAUUUUAGAACAUGCUUUGAGAUGCAUUGGAUUGUCAGAUAUAUUAAAUGUAAUGCAGGAGAGGAGAAGGGGAAGAUGUUAACAGCUGACUUUUGGUUUGGGUUUUCAGUCCGUGAUAUGAGACAGGACAUGGCAAAAGAAAAAGAAAGUGUCAAGCAAGAGAAUGAGAGGGGCCAAAGAAGAGAGGUGGUGGCCAGACCUGAAGGAAAGAACAAGACAUAAAAACAUUUAAGUUUGAAAGGGAUAAAAUCUGGAAAAGGGAGAACUAGUGGUGUUUAAGAUUCUGAUGGGGGAGGGAAAGCCAUUGAUUGGGACUUUGAAACCAUGCCAGGAACCAAGAGCCAGUGGUAGUGGCAGAGGGGACGGCCAGGUAGGACAAUUAAAACGGAAAUCUGGCUCCUUACAACACAGCAUGGAGCGGGGCUACAGAAUUUGCUGCAGUGGGAGGUGGGGCCAGUCUGGCACAGUCUGUGGGUUUGAAAGGAGCUGGGCGGGUUGGAGAAUGCCAGUCAGCCUUUGUAGUUCUGAGCUCAGAGAGGGGGUGACAAGUACUAGGCUUCAGGUCAGAAGCCUGGCUUGGGUGGCUUUUGGAGAAAUUUUUCCUUUGCUCCCAAACUCUUAAAAGGUACUUAUCACACCACUGGCCUCCAAUCACAGCGUAAGCACGUGUCCCAAAGGCCGUCCUCCAGCAGAGAUUUCGGCAGUGGUACCUGUUGGCUGGCUCAUGGGGUCCUUUCCUUUUUCUAUUCCCUGGAAGCCAUCAACUGGACUGAAUACAACAUCUUUGCAUCUGUUUCUUCACCCUCCUCACAUGCUUGCAUCUCCCAGACCCCUAAGGUUAAUUCCCAGGACAACCUUGCUUUGGAAGAAAAAAUGUGGUGAGCCUACUUGAAGAUUUGGAUUCCAAGAGGCCUCUGUCUGUCCUGCCUCAGCCAGAGCCGGACAACCAGCUCAAGGAGAUGAGCAUUUGCAGAGGAAGCAGCAGUAAGUUUUUGUUGUUGUUAUUGUUUGUUUUCAAGGCUUGGUUGUUCUCCAGAAUUAGGUCCCUGAAAGCAUGGGGCUUUCUUUUCCUUUUUUCCCCGCUUUCCUUUCUUUUUGAUUUUCCUUCUUUCUCAGCAAAAAUUAAUAAUACCCCCUUCUCCUCCUGGGAGUGAUUCAUAAAAGCAAUUAAAUUGGAAAGUUGAUUCUUCAUCACUGCUCGUAACCUGGGUUAAAGAUAUCUGAGGUUGAUCUGUGUGUGCCUAUUCUCAACACUGUAAUAUUUUAAAGUGUAUGUGCAUUUGUUGUAAUGAUUUGUGCUGAUGGUUCUCCUCCAGAAUAAAUGCUAUGUAACUGGCAGAUAGAUUGUCAUUAUGCUGCAUUUGUCCCAGGACUUGCACAGAUAUCUUCUUUGGGGUGUUUUGUGCAUAUUUGCUGCUCAUAAGAGAGAAGGAUAGAAAGACUUUGGAAGGAGGGUGUGGUCCAGUGGAUUCAGCUUCCUCCCAGCCCAUCACUGACUCCUUCUUCCUGCUCCUCCCUUUCCCUCCACUUCUAUCCCUGUUCCUCAGAUCCAACCGGAGCCAGCUGUCAAUGAAAUACCUUCUGCCUUUCUUUUCUAUUACAGCCUGGGUUAGACUCUGUCAGGUAGGAAACUACUCCCCAUAAUCAAACUCAUUAUGUUUGUGAUCUCAGCAUAUUUGCAAACUUAGAUGUAGACCAGACAAUAGCAUUUACCCUCUCUGUUUCUCCCAUCCUGGGAUUUUUAGCCAAGGUAAUAAUAACAAUAAUAAUACUGCAUUUAGAAGGCCUCUAGCAUAUUUCAUCUUCUGAGAGUCUUACAGAUGUUAACUAAUUAAUCUUCACAACACUCCAUACAAGAGAGGUAAAUAUUAUUAACCAUGAUAGAAGAUACAUAUGUAUAUGCUAAGGACAGCAAACUAGUUCACUUAUUUAUCAUGGUUCACUUGAUAUAGUAACUGGUAUUUUUAAAACACCCAUCAUAGAUACAAUAAUUAGAGAUGUGCUUUUGUUAACAAAGCCACUACCCACUUCUAGCGUACCCUUGGGUACUAAAUAAUUACCCACUUUGUGUGGUUAUCUAGCUCACUAAUUACCCACAGAAAUUGGGGUCAGGUGUUAACUGCUUGAAAUAAGUAUCCUCCAAAGACAUCGCUGAGUUGUAUAGAGAAAAUGAUGUGUUCAUAGCAAAACUUUCAUAAGCUGUAUGUUUGUGUAUCUUUGUAAGCAGAGUGAAUGCAGGCAAGGACGAAUUAGCUUAUUAUGUGAAAAUCAUGCUGAACUAUUGUUGCAAAUAUAGAGAAGCUUAAAAGAGUCUCGGGAAAUCUCAUCCUCUGUUUACCUUUCCUUUUGAAGAUGGGUGCAAUGACAUGAUUCCCAUAAUCUGGCCUUCAUAUAGAAGUACACUAAGACAAUUGGUGGUUCUGGUUAGGAAUGAUUCAUUUUGGUGUACAGGGAGGCACCCAGUGAGUCAAAGACUUUUUUUUUUUUUUACAGCUCCACCCUUCAUGAUUAUUCUAGCUUGUUUCUUUUUUCUCCAUCAGUCUAGUGAAAACACCCUGUUAGCCAAAUCUGAAAAAGAUUCUAACCUAGUCACCAACUCCUGGCAGCCACCUCUUUCUCCUCCCCAGUAAUGACAAAAAAGAAAAAAAAGUAUUACAAAAAUCCAACACUCUCUUUUCGCCUUUGGCUGUUAUGCUCUCCUUGCCUUUCCUCUCUACUUCUCUCCUCUCCCUUCUUCCUCUCUCCGUAUCUUCUUAUUUCUGCAUUUUCUUCUCCUUUUUCUUGGCAUCUAGGCAUGCUUUCGUAGGUCUCACGGACAGAGACAAAGCAUAAUUAUGUCUGAGUUGAGCACAAAGAAACUACCUUUUAGAAACAUUGACUUGGAGGAAACCUCAGAUACCUUUCUCCCUUUCCUUGCUAUUUACAGAAUCUGACAUUGUAUUUAACACCAGAACUGCCUGUUGUCUGCAUGACUCUAGCCGGGAAAACUAGGUUAGAAUGGCAACAUACCCACUGUGUAUACAGAUAGGUAGAGACCCUAAUUUUCAGCAGGUCCAUACUUUCCAUAGCAGAGUUUUAAAAAUGAAUGCCAACAGAAAUGAUAGAUGCUCCCCCAAUCAACUUAGGUGUCUUUCUUUUUUCUUGUGCCUCUUUUUUAUCAUCUGAAAUAUUACUUGUCAUUAUUGGGUGACUUGAGGCUGAUCAAUGAAGUGUAUAUGUAUCUGUCCGAUAUUUGAAGAGGAAAAACAUGCCUCAGGAAUAAGGAAAUGUCUGCAGUGAAAGCAAAGGGUUAGGAUGAGCUUCAGUGACUGAUGAAUUCAUUUUAAAAUCCAAGGGCACAUAAACGGUAAAUUAGUACAUAUUGCAAAUACAGUCAACGAGCAAACCCCAGCCAGGGAAGGAAGGAAAAUUUCAGCACUGUAGACAUCACAUGCCUGAACAGAGUGUCUACAUAUCUUAAAUGUAGAUCUGAAUCACUGCUCUUUGAUCCUGCUAAAUGCUGAUUGCAAAGAAAUGUUUGGACAUUGUUGACUUUCUGUCCAUAAAGAAAAGCCACCAAGAUUCACAAAAUCCAUCACCUGCACUCAUCCACGCACGUGUGCUUUAAAUUCCCCUAGGAUGUGAAACAAUUAGGCAGAGAACUGCACUGUGGUCUCUCUUCUUCACCUCUUUCCCUCCCUGUUUUUCCUCUUUCGAAAAUGUGAUACCUGAUCUCUGGGUCUAGCAGGCUGAGAAAUUUUUUGUAUUUGUAUGAUACAGUGUCUGGCCUUCCCCCUGACCUGCUGAUGUAUUUUUGGUCUCAUUAGUAGUAAGGGAGAUGCCUUAGUGCAUCCAGCACUGCGAGUCAGGGAUGAGACACACUACAACAGAGAGAGGGAGCAAGCGCAAGAGGAUAUUAGAAGAGAGGCUUGUCUCCAAGAUAUGGAAGGAAGUGAGAAAUGACAGGGCUGCAAGCUUUGUAUGUAGGAGCCUGGCAGGGCGGGGGAGCGGCGAGGAGAGCCAAGUGGAUUCUCAGAAAAGGGGGGAAACCAUCUAAGAGCUAAAGGUGAUUAGAGGGGGAUAUUGAUUUCUUAUUCUGCCAGAGAUUUGAGCAGGCAUGCGAGGAAUCUGCACCAUGGUUGGCAAAAGUAGACCCGUUGCCUCCUGUAACCAGACACUCGGGCUUUCCAGGAGCCCAGGGAGCAAGCCGAGAAGAAAGGGGGCAGUGUGGUCUAGGAAAAUUCAACUUGUCGCUGAUUUGUGCCUGAUGCCUGCUGUCCGUCAGCAGCCUCCCUUACAAUCUUUUUUUCUCUCUCUCCCUUUUUUUUCCCCUUGCCUUCUCCUUCUUCACUGAAGCCUAGGGGAGCCAGUAAAGAUUAAAUGUGCUUCUCAAAGGCAGCCACUUCAUGCUGCUAUGUCGAAAGGGCCAUUAUUAUUAUUAUAUUUUAAUAGUAAAAGAGAAAGGGAGAGAGGUUGAGCCAGCAGCGAGUGAGAAGCUAGGUGUGAUUAUGACGGACUAGCUUUUCUGAGAGGAAAAGGAAAAGGGAAGGGAGAGAAAAAGGAGAGCCCCUGAGCUCAACGGAGGAUUGUGCCUGAGAAGAACCUACAGAGCACGGAAAAGCCCCACUUCCAGUCUGAUGAGGAAAGCGACCAUCUAUCAGAUACAGAACCAGGGGCUGUCUGCGAAGAUGGAGGGGAAUUAUGCUUCGGAUUCCUCUGAAAUAUUGGCUAAAGGCUUCAAAGAAUCCGCAGCGGGAGGUGCGGGGGGAAUGUCUCUCCCCAGCCCGCACCCAGCCCUUCCCACUUCGCGUCUACCAAAUGACAGCCUGGUGCUCGCUCUUGGUGAUUUGGCCUUGACUUCAGCCAAGCAGCUGAUGCAGACGAAGCCUCCGUUUGCAGGACUGGCAAAGUGCACGCUAAAGAAAGAAGGAAGAAAUUUUUCAAAAAAGCAGCUCUGGGGUGAUUUCUUACUCCCCCCCGACCCUUUAAAAAAAAAUUUAAGUGAAUAUUUUCCAAAUUUGAUCAGUUCCAGCCCCUCCCUCCACUCCCACCCAACUGCCCUUUUUUCUCUCGUCAAAGCAUAAGCUACAGAGUUACAGUCUCGAGAUUUGGUGUAUCGCUUCCUGCCCCCGCCUCCCCUCCCCGCCCCCGUUCUCCGUCCUCUAUUGAAACACCUCGCCCAGCCUAGCGCACUGAGAGCUCACAUUUCCCCCCCUUGCUCGGGAUGGUGCCACGGGAGGCUGUGCGGGCCCCGCGCCGCUUCGAAUGGGUGAGUUGAGAACGCUAUUCGUAUUCACACUUCCAUAGCCUCUGAAGCCUACUUCUCGGUCUUCUCCUUCUGAAAACCCGAUUUCUAUGAUUUUUUGCAUGCGGCAUGCUUGCCCUAGGGGAAAGAGAUGCCUCCUAUUUCCUCUUCAGUCAUUUGUGCUAGUUGUAAAUUAAAGCUUUGAAGAGACGUUAAGUCCUUAUCGUAGACUGUGGUUUUAAAAACUUGGGCAUUUCUGGGUCUAUUCAUAUUAUUUUCCAUUUUAGUCAACUAUGUUGCCCAAAGCUUGAAAGAGUUUUUCUCUGAUAUACUCGUGAUUGUAUCUGUGUGUGCGUGAUUGUAUAUGCGAUCCCAGACACUGCGUAUGCGUGUGUGUAUUAUGCUUAAAUGGACUCUCAAUUUUGCGAAGGAAGGGAGCUUACACAGGAAAUACCAUACCACCUGUUUGUUGCAUUUUAGUAAUGAACCUCGAACAGAAAUUGCCUGUCAUUCUCGUUUUGCUUUGUUUUGUCUCAAGAAAGAAAAAAAUUGUUGCGCUCCUCUCAGUCCCUGAGACCCUAACUUGUGAUGUUUACCGUUUAAAUCCACGGGUUAGGCUCUUGGGAGCUGCGAGUCGUGCUUUUGCAUCCCGGAAAUUUGGUGGAACUUUAUUCUUUAAAGCAAAAACAAAAGAAAAGAAAGUUUGUCUGAAGUGAUUGAGUAUACCUCUGAGGUUUUCAUUGUUAGAUGGGAUCAGGUGACCAGAGAGUGGCAGCUCCUGGAUUUCUGUUAAAGUAGGUAUAUAUUCUGCUUUAAUAGCGGGUUGGCUGCUAUGUAUAUGUAUGUAUGUUACUGAUGCCUGAGGCUUGUGGAACUCAUCUGCAUGGUCUAUUCCUUGAGAGCAACACGCAGUAGUAUACGAGCGUAACAAGAACAGCUCAGUACCUGGUGCUUGACCUCAGAACAUCUCAGCUGAAGUCCCAGCAUGCCCCAUGCCUCCAACUUUCAAACUCCACAGUUAAUCUUAAAAUUGUGCUCAAUUAAAAUGGGCAUGUGAAUAUAUUAUAUAUUCCGUGUCCACACACGUGUAUCAUGGAUGGCUAGACAGUGAACACAUAGAUGCAGAUAAAGGCAAACUAACAGUUUGGACUAAAAUAUUAAUAGGUUAAAAUUCUAUUCUUGCUAUUCCACACAAAGGAUGGAAUUUAUGGCAUUAAUAACAAUUAGGUUUGUAUGACUUCGCAAGAUAUUUUAGAAAUAAAAGGGGAUACUGCCUCCUUGCUCGGCAUCUUUUACAAAAUAUACUUUAUGGAUGCAAAAGUGAUGCAGAUGGGAAAUCAAUCUUCUAAAUAUGUAAAAUGAAAGCAACAACAACAGCAAACACAAUUAUCCUAUUCUUGGGGAGUAACAAAUACUGUUUUUCAUUUUAAAACUAAGAAAAUUUUAUCAGUACUUAAAUUCAAUCCAGAAAAGGUUUUAUAACAACCAAACCAUACAUGUAAAAAUAUCCUUUCUUAAGGUAAUGACAAGCAUUACCUAGUUUGUAGUUUUCUUGAGCUGUAACUUUUGAUAACUGAAUAAUUUCAGUGAUUUAGGUCUGUCUUAUAGUUGGUGAAGAGAAACAGUAACUUACCUUUCCUUUGUUGUGAAAAAUUCUGGUAUAAAUUUUUAUUUAAACCAUUUUCAUAUUCUUGAGCCAACAUUUCUCUUCUAUGUUUGAAAAAUACCUAAAUCAACCCCAAUCCAAAUGCUUUCUUCCUCUAAAGACUAUAUUUGUUGUAGCCUUGUUUUAUACGUGUAGUUGAAGAUUAGGGAAACUGUUCUUUGCCUGUUUUUUUUUUUAAGUGUUUAUUGCAAUUUUAAGUCCUUGAUGCCAAAUUGCAAUCAAGAAACCAUUUUGUAUCAGAAAAUUAAAUUGAGCAUAUGAACUGUGCAACAAUUGCACCACGUCUUUUGUUGAAACCUCUUGUGUAGUAAUAUUUGAAUAUUACUUUCCAGCCUUUGAUAGUCCGAAUGUGCUUCAAAGAAAAUAGUUAUUUGAUUUUUAAGUCAUUGUUAGUUUAUAUUCAGUGGUUUAAUGACUUCCCCCAUCUUAGCUGAUGUGUAUGCAUAGGUAUUUGGAAAUUACAGUAAGGCAUCUAUUUAACUUACGGAUCCAUAUUAACACAUUAUUCGUAUCAAAUAUUUGAAAAACAUUUGGUGCUUUUUGAAGUUAAAAUAUAUUUGCAGUUUAUUCUAUGAAAAUGUAUACAUGGAUCAAUAAAAACAUGCCAGAUGUAAUUCUUCUGUGAUUUUCAAUGAUAACAGGGUAGUAAUUUAAUACAAGUGUUUUAGUUUGUAUUUCAAGGCACUCUCAGGUUUGUACAUGUUUUCAAGUGGAUUGCUCAUGUUCGGAGGUUGCUAUCAUACAACUGAUCACCCAGGCAUUUAAGAGUGCAUAACGACACGAGAUUUUAUAUUUCAGCAGGCAACUGCUUCAGUGCAAGGGCAGGUUUCUCAACACCCCUUCUUCCUCACCGAGCCCAUCAGUGAAGUUCAGUGAAAUGAAUAACAUAAUUGGUGGUUGGUUCAAUCACUACCAGUCUAGACUAGCCCAGACGCAUCAAUUAGAGGGGGCUGUCUUUUAAAGGGAGAGUGCAACCGAAACAAGCAGGGCAUUAUUGAUACUGAUCUUUAAAAGUGCAAAUCCAGCUUGGCAGAUAAAAAAAAAAAUAAGGCGGGGAAUUGGGGUGGGGGUUCGUUGCAGGAAGAAAAGAGAAAGAAGUGAACUGGAGCUUUCGGACACAGAAGGACAGGAAGCUUGAGAGAAAAGGAGAGGAUAAUGAGUGAAAUGCAAUGCAGCACCUCCUUGGAACACACAGUUACAAUUCAGUUCACAGGGCACACUGGUUCACCGUAUUUUUAACUAGACUCUCUCCCCACCUCCUUUUUAAAAAUUCCUUUUUUACCUCUGUUUCCAAAGAAAUGCCAGCUAAAAAUUAAGGCAGUUGGAAAUGUAACAGCUCUAGGAAGCUCUAGUGAGAAUAAAGUCAAAUAAUAUGAACCAGCCAAAAGCCCUUUUGCAACAUUUUUCCCCAAAAGAAAAAUACAGAAGAUACUUAUUUUCAAGUCUUUAAUUCUACCUUAAAAAAAAAAUUGUGUACUAAUGAACAGUAUUCAUUUUAAAUCUAGCACCUGGGAAUUAAUAUUAUAGGCAAAACACCUUUAGGUAAAGAGCUCAUAAUUUUCCGUUGAAUACAGUAAAAUUGUAAAGAGUGUAACAAAGGCUUUGGUAAUUUGGUAGAGGGGCUUUUUGAUGAAAAAGGGCAGAUGAUUUGGAAAGUGUUAGGAACACAUCAAGCCCCAGGGAAAGAAAAUGUUUGAUUGGUAUUAAUUAAAACACUGCUAAUAUAUUCUAAUAAAAUCAAAUUUAACAUUCUACACUAAUCCUCCUGGUAUGUCAAAGGAAAAGAAAAGUAUUAUCUUAUUUGCAUCUCUGCAAUCCAAAUGCAUUUGCUCAUUCAGCAGAAUUAAUUUUUAUCAGCAGCCUGUUUAAUCUCCUCACAGAUUUAGUCAAACUUAUUCUUUCAAACUAAAAAGCAUCAGGGUGGGGAAUCCAUGGAAGGUAUUGGAAGGCUAGUGACUGUAUUUAGUGCUGGCUUUAUAUUUUACGAUGUUCUUUCUCUUCAUUCGCUAUAAUGGGGUGUGGAGGGAACCGGUGAGACCGCAGUGAGAAUGAUGAAUGGUUCAUUUUUCCUCUUUCUCUCCUUCUACCUGCCGGGCUAUUUAAGAAUUUCAGUUGCCAAAUUAUACGAAUGGCAUUUAUUUACAUGACUGGUGUUAGUCUGUUGAUUAAUAUCUAAUGUUUUUCUAAUUUCAGACUUUAUUUUAUUGAAAAUUCCUAAUGAAAAAGGCUCUUAAGCCAGAAACCAAUUACCUUUUCUCAGUUUUUCCAACUGUAGAUCUAAGAGAAAGUGGGGAAGUGAAUGUAACAAUUUUAUUCACUAAAAACUGACUUCUUUGUUCCAUUUUCAAGUCAAAAUUUCUCCAGAAAAAUGUCAUAUUUUUAUGAAACAGCAAGUUUUAUGUUCUUAUUGUUAAACUCUCACAACUGAUAAAAUUAUCCCGAAAUGGCAUCAUAACCAAAAUGCUUCUCCUCUCAUUAGUCUACCAUGACUAUGAUAUCUUAUGUAAAUAUGUGACUAACGAAAAAAAAAUGAAUGGGCCAUAAAUACUGAGGACCAUAUUUGUGUGUUUCCAAAGUGAGGGGUUCUGCGUACUAUCAAGGAGAUAUAAACUACUGGCUACGCUGCUGAUGAUGCUGCCUUUUUGCUCCAUCGCCUUUUCAAGUCUUCAACGUAAAAGAGCAAUCGCAGUUCGGUUUCACAUGUAUUGUUCUAUAAUCCAGGCAAUAAAUGCUAAUUAGUAAUGCUCAAGGAUCCGACCAUUCAGAGUAAUUAUCAUAAUUUACUUCUUCCUUGUUAAAGACAUUCCUUGCUGAUUAGAAAAAAAAUUAAAUCGUCGUUUUACCAUUGCACUGCGGUGGAAAUGCGCUAGAGAGAUGUUCAAGGUAUAGUAACACUUGCGGUUGCAUUGCAAGUCACCGGCCGGUGCCUCUUAGCUUAUUCCAAAUGGAAUCGCAACUUAAUUUCUAAGAAGAAAUUCAUGUAAAUGCAUAAAGUUUGGCGUGUAGAGCAGGAAUAUAUGAUUUUAUUUUACAAACCGAGGGCUCCACCUUCCUGGCCCACCCUCUUUCUAAAACCACGUACUGAACAGAACAAAGGAAACUGCUAACUAUAGAGGCAUCAUUAAGUGUGAACGGCAACAGCAUGAUAAAGUGUGUGAUAUGACAACAUAUUUCAUUGCACAAAAGUGCGGAUAAUUAAAUAAUUCAAUAGUAACCUUGACUAAUUAGCAGAAAGAUCUUUAAGGAGGAAUCAAGAAAAUGGAUCUGAUCACCUUGAAUAAUGUGGUUCGUUCUCCAACAUCACAAAUUUAUUUUGGUUAUUUGAUGAUUGAUUAACUCAUAUAGAAAGAUGAAGACAAAAGCCUAUUUCUCAAAGCAUAGCUUUGAUCUGGUGUCCUCUUUAGGACAAAUUAAUCAUAUGUUUUAGAAGUGCUGAAUUUAAUGUAGGGCUUUCUGUUUUUAGUCAAAGAUAAAAUCUGCCCUUCUAUUGAAUAUUUCUCUUUUAUCGAUUGAUCUAAGAAUUUAUCAACCCUUAGCUUUUUAUAUCAUUGCCUCAGAAUAUAGAUGUAGCCUAGUCCACAUUUUCUAAUGAGUCUCUUGUUUAAGUUUGUUUCUCGUUGCUGGAAGCAAAUAAAUAUCAUGGGCACAGAAGGAAUAGAAUAAAUAACCAUGCUGAAUAUUAUAUAUGGUGAAACCCUUCCCCCUUCCUUUAUCAAGGUAAUAUUCCCCGUGUUCAUUGUUCAUUGGUCCUUUAAGAGAGAGCUUUAGCUUUUACUUGAGGGUUGUAAGCACAUUAGAGGAAUAAUUCCCUUUGGAUACUGUACAGAAGGAGCCACCUGCAAAAUGUUGAUGCUGUUAUUGAAGUCUCAAGUGGAAUCAGCUUUCAAAAAAUUAGAUAUUAGAUACAUCCGAUAUAAUUUGCAAUGUGUAAUUAUACUAAUGUGCAUAUAGUUGUGUGUUGCUUUACAUGUUGCCUACUUGAGUUUUUUUUUCUUUUCUUGUGCAUUUCUCAUAAUUUGAAAUGGUUCCUGAGUAGAAUGUUUUUAAAAUAAGCUUAUUUUAAAAAAUUCUUUGUUAAUUAAUAUAGGAAUAAGAAGACUCUACGAUCUGUGUUCUUAUGCAAGAAUAAAUAUGUGUGACCUAGAUGUUGGAAAUUAAUAAUUUCUAAAAGUGUUAUCACUGUGGACACUUGCUUAAUUUGUAGAAUAUUUGUUACUCUUGAUUGAUUUAGUCUUUUUCCUGACUUUAGACAACUUGAAAUAAUGGAGAAUUUUAGGAUAGCAAAUGUUAUUCAUUUGUUUCAAGAAGAAAUUCAUUUCCUUUGUUGGAAUAACAAAAUCAAAUGCCAGGGAAAUGACCUUAGGCAGAGAUAAUAAUUUUAAUUUAUCCAGAUUAAUCAAAACAAUAACAAUAAUAAACAAGGUCUUUUAUUGUUUUUCACUGUUUUGCAUGGCACAUGAAGAACACUGAAACUCUGCCUUAGGUUAUUUAUGCACUAACAUCAACUUCCCUUUUGACAUCUUGACAUCAUGCCCAAGGUCUGCUAAUGGCCUCACUGGAGUGCCUCAUUCCAGGGAACUGAGCCCUGAAGAUCUACCUAUUAAGGAAUAACCCAGGCAUAGCAACACUGAGUUGGUUGGUCAGCCUGGUAGUUGGUUCUUACCAUGUGCUCAGUAGGUGAAGAGGCUCUUGAUGCAAAUUUGGAGAAUCGUUACCAUCAGGUCACAGAGAGACCCUGACCAAGGCAAUAUAAGGGUCUCAAUUUAUGCUUAUGUGUUUGGAAGACAAAAAUAAUUCUAAGGGAGUCUUAUAUUGAGAUGAUGCAAGAUAUGACUCAUUGCAAUUGAGUAAGUAUACAGCCCAAAGAAAGCUGAUUUGUAAAACAGUAGACACCCAGAAUAUGGUCAUUCACAUGUUUAUACUAUCUAUUUCUCAAAAUUUGUUUAAAUAGUGGAGUCCCUAUUACAAAAGAGAUAUUUUGUUUAAUGUAUAGCUACAUAAUACCCAACCAAUACAAGGUUUACUUUUCGCCUGCUCAUGUAUUCAAGGACUUUCCAUCAUUAGGUAUCCAAAUGAGCCACAAAAAAAGUGUGAAAUGUUAUUCCUUAAUACAUAACAUUUUAAUUUAUUUAAAAAAUGAGUUUUACAAAUAUGUAUCAAAAGCUUAGCACCCCAUCAUCCCUGUCAGUGUUCACAAAAUAAUAAAUUCUAAAAUCUUUAUGAUGUAUAUUUAAUUACUCAUCCAAGAUCAGUUAUCACAAGCUUAAUUAGAACAGAAAAAUACCUAUUAACAUUUAACACUUACUUAUUUUACAGAUUAAAAACAUAUCAUACCUGCCAUCUAGAGAGCCAGCAUCCUCAGUGUAUCCAAAGUGAUUAGCACAAAAAGCAGUGAUGUGUCAUAGUGUACCCCUUUUGGUGUGCCUAAUUUAUUAGACACCUUCAUUGUGUAAGCAUGAUAAAGAGGUUGAUGAUAAGGUCUUCAGUUCAAUUAACAUCUACCUGCAAAGUAUAUUUUAUUCCUAACAAGUUUUGUAAAUUCAAAAAGAGAAACAUUAAUAACAACUCUUCUCAAAUACUUUUAUCUUUAAAAUGCAUGGGUUGGAUUACUUGGGCUCUAAAUUCUUUUACAGCUUUAAGAAUUUUUGAAGCUAUUCUAAAGUAUGGAGGCAUAGGAACAACUCCAGGACGCAUGAAUCCAGAGCUCAUUUGUUCCACCAGUUGCCCUUCAAAGUUAUAUUUGAUUACACCUCCACGUUCCGUAUUUACUAACAUAUUUUGCAUUGAUGCUAAAACAGUAAAGACUGGAGUUCAUUUUCAGGAAGGGGCAGUGACAGAAAAGAAGAACAGCUGAAGAAUGAAAAAAGCUACACAGUGGGAGAAGCAAAUUCUUGAUCUGAGUUCUAAGCCCAUUUAUUUCAAUUAACAUUAACACAUGAGAAACCCUGACAAGCACCUGCCUUUCUAUUUUAAGGCUAUAUUCUUUCGUCCUGCCUUCCUUUAAUUUCUUGCGGUAUGGUUUGUUUUUUUCCAUUGGAUUAACUUCUUUGAGUUUCACAUUUUUCCUUCCACUUGAAUCAUCUUAAUAUUCCUCUCAGAAGCCUACAGGAAUUAUAUUAACACAUCAUACUUCCCAAAUUAAAUCUUAACAUGUUCGAAGCCACCUGGAAAUUGCCCUACCCCAAUUUCGAAAACCACUCAGAAUGUGUAAUCUCUUCUUGAAUUAAGUGAGCCUGUUUUCUCUGGCUUCCAAGUCAUUGAAUAUGCUCGUACACUGCUUUUUCUUUCUGCAUAAUCUGUCUCUCCAUCUCUUCUACACUUUGGAAAUCUUCUUUAUUUUUCUUUUUCUCUCCAUCCUUCUCUUCUUUUUUUGUUCUCGCUUCCCUCCUUCCUUUCCUCCCUCCCUUUUUUUCAAUCUUUCUUUUCUUUCUUUCUCUCCUUCCUUCCUUCCUCUCUCUUUUUCUUUCUUCCCUCCCUCCCUCCUCUCUUUCUUUUUCUUUUGUUUCUUUCCAUAUCAUGUUCUGUAGCAGGCACUGGGAAUACAAAGACAAAUCCAAGGCAUUGACAAUACCUAACAAUUCUAGUGACUUCACUCAGCGCUGCAUUGCUAAGCAGUUAUGUACCCACAGCUAUCUUACUUUGCUUUUACUCCUGGGAUUUAUUUGAAUGUGUCCUCAAUGUCUUGUGUUCUUUUGUUUUUUCCCUAUGUGUCCUAUUUCAGUAAGUUCCCUGUUGGAUAAACCUGAAGCUUUUCUCCCAGAAAGAGCUUAGAGUGGUGUCUCACACACACUCAGGCAAUGCCAUUGCUGACUGAUUCUUUAGGGAGGGGAGCAAUGUAAAACAACGGCAUUUUUCUAGUGAUGCAGGAUUUCAUCUGUAGUUAGACCUAGUACGGUCCCCAAAGAAUCAUUACAUUUAUUUUUUUUAUUGAAGAGUCAAUGUGAUAACUUUCUGUGACAUGUUCUGUUAUUUUUUUAGUUGUGUUGAUGUUCCUUUCAGCUGGUCCUAUAGUCCCCCUCCUCAGGAAUGUCUCCCCAGUACAAAGACAAAGACUGCAGAGACUGCUAUAUUGAUGGACCAUCAAGCCAACUAUGAAGUUGAAACAAAGAAAGCGAUCACCUGAAGACACCUCCUCUGCUAAGCAGCACCCACAAAUUGUGCAGCUUCAGCCACUAGGACUCUCAGAACAAGAGGCAAUCUUUUCAAGAAACAGAAAAACUCAAUCAUGACAUCUAGAUUUUCAUGAGCCAAGAACUUUCCCUUCCUCAUGUGUAUUCCUCUGUUUGUGCUUAAAUUCAUGUGCCAUUCAUUUUUUUCCUAAUAUGGAUAUGCUUAUAAUGCACUUGUUUUAAAAUCUCAAAUUGCGCAAAUAUGUUAAUAUUUUAAGAAACAAAAUUAAUCCUACAAGGAGAAUGAUUUUUAAUCACACGCAGGGUUGGAUCUUAAGAGUGGCCUGCAGAAUAAAAAGAACUUUUAAAAUAAAGUAGUCAGAGGCUAUUCAAAGGGUAAAAUAAUCAUACUAUUUCCACUUGACACUAACCAAUCAACUAUUUUUUUUAUCAAGAAAGGUAGAUUCUAUGAGAUAAAAUUACUGCUUCUAAAGUGCUUAAAUCUAAUUAUAAAAAGUUAUAGAAACUUUUGAAAAGAUAAGUAAUAGAUAGGGUUGGUAGAGGAUAAAAUCAAAAACAAAACCAAGCAAAAGAUGAGUUCGGGGGAGUUUGCCAUAAAGUUCUAAAAGAGGAAAAUAUGAGGUGAACCUUGAAAGAUAAAUGGAAAGGAAGGAGAAAAUGGAGUUCUUUAAGUGGAUGUAAUUGGAGGAGAAAAUGAACACACACAUCUUGUCAACUUAACCCCAAACAUUCAGCAGCUCUCCUUAGGAGAGCUUUGCACACAGGAGGAGGUUGCCCACUCACCUCCUGUCUCUCACCCCAGGUAUUACCUAGAAUUAUUAUCAUAUUUCCCUUCCAUUAAAGUAAAUGAGGGUGUUGGGUGACAGUAUGGAGAAGUGUGAUUUUUUCAUUAACCUAAUAAUAACUGGUAUUUAUUGAGUUCUGUUAAGCAUUUCACAUAUUGACUCACUGAAGCCUUAUGACAACUGUGCAAAACAGGUAUUUUUAUUAUUCCCAUUUUACAGGCAAGAAAACUGAGGUUUAAGUAACUUGCCAAAGCGUCAUAUACAAGGCUUACAUUCAGGAUGGCAAUUGCAAAGCUCAUGAUCUAAAGUGCUAGGUUGCAAUAUUGUAAUCAGUGUCAUAAUUAUUAUUCCUUUUUGUAUUCCUUGAUAUUUUUCCAUGGUAAACAAAUAGCUAUUUCAUUUAACAGUCACCUUAAACUUUCCAGCCCUCUGGUUGAAAUGAAUCCAGAGUGAUAGAAUGUGUUUUCAUGACAGAAAUGGCCCAAAAAUGGGGGAAUGAAGUUCAUCAGCAUCUCAGAUUUUUGUUUGCAAGACUUUGAUGAGAGUGUUCAUUUUUGUCUACAUGAAAUCUCAAAUCCUUGAGAAUAAAAAAGGGAGAGGUUUAAGUCAUUUGUUGCAAUGCCCUUUUAAAUAGAGGAGAUAAAUCUAUAGCCCAUACAUUAGGAGUGACUUACAGAAGACUGCAAGUCUUCUUUGGGGUGUGGCUUAGUAAGGACCGGAAACCAGGCCCUCCACUUCACUCUCAGUAGCUCUUGCACUAGUCCGCCCUUCCUAAAGUCAGUGUGCAGUGUGCACUUGAAUUUUGUCAUUGGAAACCAUCUAUCUAGGUAGUAACCAGAUAGUGCCUAAUAGAUUGUUUCUGUUCUAUACUUCUUUGGUUUCCUACCUCAAUGUAAAAAAUAGCUAGCAAUGAAGUCCAGAAGUUGUUAAUGGCUCAUCCCCCAAAGAAUGCAUAAUGUCCAAAGUCAUGUGUAUAAUGUCUUCAAUGGUAUUUUUAAGUUGUUUCGAAUUCUUAGUUCACAUACAUAAAUCAUACUUAACGAGCAUCUUCUUAACCAGCUUUAUGCACAGUAUAUGUUUGUAAGUGCUUCUGCACGAAUGUUUAUAUGUGACUGUUUCCAUAGUACUUACAUUUUUUAAAAUAUUCAGUCAUUUCCUAUUCUAAUUUUCAUGCAUCCAUGUAACUGACUCAAAAUACUUCAGCCAUAAAAAGCUAGAACUGAGCAAAUCUCAUUCUUCUUUUCCAUCCCCUUUGCAUGUGGCUGGCAUUUAGUAAUGAUUAAUAAGGUGAUCAGCUGAAUAAUAGAGGUUCAAGACACAAUUCCAUCUCAAAGGAGUCAGGUAAGCUGGGUCUACUUAUGGAUAAACGUCUAAAUGUGUGGAAGUAUCUGAUAUUUGACUAUGGUAAAUUUCCACUUAGCUAGCUCGCAUUGUCAGUCUUAGAUCUCCUCAUGGCUCUGGCCGUCCUGUUUUCAACAUGAUAACUGAUAGCCACAGCUCACACAGUUCUCAUUAAGUCAGUUCAUAAAUAAACAGAGUUUUUUAAAAGAGCAGCCAAGCACAAAGUGUGACUUUGUUGACAUUUUAUGUGACUUUGUCAUGUGUUUCUAACCCCCAAUAAAAGCGAUGUUGCAUCAACUGUGAA